AUGGUCGAGCAAUGGAAACUGCAGAAAAACAAGCGACAAACAUUGAACAAACGCACGACGAUUCCCAUGAAAUUGAUCGCACUCAACGACAACAACAGUUUCAACAGCGUUUAUAUCAACAAAGCCCUCGCGAAACGAAUCGCUCACGAAAAUGCUUCAAUUGUGGAAACAACUAUCCUCAUUUAG